AUGUCAUACGACUUGGCUGCGCGCUUGUCCGCGGACGACGCCGCUUUCGAGCAGGCAUACAAGCAGUGCUCUAACGCCGAUACGACCGUCACGAUCUGCUCCCCGACUGACCAGACUGUGGCAUACCAAGGCCAGUGGGUCCAACUUGUCUGGAACAGCAAUCAUCCCGAAUUCGUCCAAGCCGGUCAAAUUGACGUUCGAGUCUUCCGCAACGGCACCACAGAUGACGCCCAACCUACUCUCGUAUACACAAAGAACGCGGUCCAGAACCCCACGAAGAACCAGCAGCCCGCGGGCUCCAUGGGCGUCAAAGUCGAGGACUCCUGGUUCGCCGAUAACGAGUGGAAAGGCUCCAAUAUCACCAACUCUUUCUACGUCACUAUCGCUCCAGGUGGCGGGAGUCCGGAGACGCAGCCGGCGUUCAGUGCAGUGCAAACGGCACCGGUCUCGCUUAUAUCUUGCACUACGUCCCCCUGCACGGCCUAUGCCGAGUCGAGCGUCCCCGUUGGCGCUAUAGCCGGGCCCAUAGUCGGAGGCCUGGCUCUCCUCACCGGACUCGGCACUUGGUGGCUGCUUCGCCGGCGCCGUGCAGCAGCCGCGGAAGAGGCGAUCAAGGUCACCCUUGGCGCGGACACGAGCUCCGACACGCGGUCCAUUGUGUCCAAAGUGGAUGAGAAGGCUGAAGUGCGGAAGAGUGCUCGCGUGUAG